AUAUAAAUACUUUGUCUGAAGAUCAUGCUUAGUAGAAAUUCAAUCUUUGCUUCUAAUUUAUCGCAGACAUAUUUGGCAGCUUGUGGAAUAAGGAGAGUUUUUGAACUUCAAGUAUUAAGUAAUUGCAACAUGGCUGCAGUUCCUGGCUCAAUGAUAGUCAAUCAGCCUGCACACCUUGCUGAAGGAGAUGGUGACUGCCCGGCUCUGGUACCUGGCUCCCUGCGGGCUUACAAUAUGAAGUACUGCCCCUAUGCCCAGCGUACUUUACUGGCCCUUGCUUACAAAAAUGUCAAGUUUGACAUUGUCAAUAUAAACUUGAAGCGCAAGCCUGCCUGGUUUUUGUCUCGCACUAUGCUCGAAAAGGUGCCUGUGCUGGAGCGUGCUGACGGUAGCAUCAUAUCCGAGUCCAUGGUGACCAUGGACUAUCUGGACGAAGUUUACCCUCAGCCACCUCUGCUGCCUCAAGACCCAUGGAAGAAGGCUGAGGAGAAAGUUUGGGUUGAAAUCUUUGGACUGUCAGUCUCUAAGAUCUACAAGUUGUACAACACAUCCCUUGAUGAAGCCACCAAAGAUAAAAUCUUUGAGGAAGUCACGCAAGGUCUUGAUGUCUUUGACAAAGAACUUGCCAAGCGUGGGACCAAGUUUUUUGGAGGCUCUCAGCCUGGUCUGUUGGACUUGGCUAUCUGGCCAUGGUUUGAGCGCAUGCCUCUUUUGCCGCUGGUGUUUCAUCGCACUGCGCUCACUGCGAAGCAGGCCAACCUGAUGAAGUGGGUGUCGGCCAUGGAGGAGGUACCGGCAGUCAAGGCUCUCCUCAUCCCUGCUGAAGAGCACGCCAAAUUUAUGACGUCAUUUAUGGCUGGCGCACCGGAGUAUGACUUGGCGUUCAAGCCGAAAAUGUGAAGUUGUGAACCUAACCUAACCUCGUCGGCGAGCAUGGACUCUCAUUCUACAUUUCGCCUCUUUCUAUGUUCAUCAUUAUCUUUUGUUAUGAAAAUGUAAAAGACUGACAUGCUCUGUCCUUGGAAUCAUAACUAUGGUUGCUAAAAAGGUUUCUCUACAUUUUCCAUUUCUUCUAUUUUUUAAAGGAUAGUUUCUGAAAACCAACUUUUUUGUUCCGUAGGGAUUGAAAACACUUCUGAAAUUUUUUCAGAAACUAGUGCCUUGAAUGCUGCACUCAAUCUCUUCACUAUUGUUGAUUUCUAAAAAGUAAGGAUAGAAGUUAUAUUGCAUGGCAAAAUCUAGUAUUUUUAAAAAUAACAUCAUACAUAUAUUAGAAUUUAUCAUUAAAUGAAUAAGAAAUUGUUUACUAUCCAAACUUCGAUUGCCAUCACUCUGGAAGUGUUAUUUCUUACCACGAUAACUUGCUUAAUAUCCGCUUAGCAGUGCCGAUAGACUCGUGUGUAAGUCAAAUCACAUGGAUCGCUGAGCAAUCAUCAGUGUUUUGGUCAUAAUUUUUGUGAACUUUUCUACAUUCCUCAUAUUGCUUUUUUAUGGGUGCUGAUUAACCCUGAUCAAUUUUUUUAAUGUAGUUUUGAAUUAUUCUGUAUUUUAUUGAUUCUAAUUUGUGUGGAGUUUUUAUAUAUACACUAGCUUUUUGUCGUUAGUGACUUCCAGCUUCCACCGCUUGUAUGGACAAUGUGGACACAACAUAAUUGCCGGUUGAAGAGGCGACAAAGAGGGAAUAAUAUUCGACGUUUUGUCGAUUUCACUCGCCCAGGGAAGUUGGGAAUGUCUGGGAUCAUUAAGUCGCACAUUUGCUCGUGGUUACGUGAUUAGUGCAUUUCCCACGCAGUCUCUCACGUGGUUAGUACAUUUGCUCGUGAUUAAUGACAGGCUAUAUGUUAAGAAAUGUAGAAUAAUCACACUAGUGACUUCUGAAAGGAAGACGUAAUCAUCUGAAAUUGUGUUGCCAUUUUAGAUUAAGUUUUUAACUUCUGGUUGUUCCGAGAUAUUUUUGAUGUCAUUGUUGAUCGUUCUAAACUGAUAGAUUUUAUUGUUCAAGCUUGUUGGCCAAUUUCUCUAUGUAUGGUGCUUUAUGUUAAGCAAUCAAAGUACAACUUGAAACAUA